CCUUUAUCUCUUUAAUCCUGUUGUUAUGUGCAUUGAACCAUUUUAAGAAAAAAGCUUUUCUGCUUGAUCUUUGGCAGCAAUACAUGUAAAACAUGUAUGUUUUAUUGUUCAUAGUUAAUCCUGGGAAGUAUAAUUUUAAUUUCAGUGGCUUGUUACCACCAAGUUUCCAUGUAUCUUGGGAGGUGGGGUAGGUAUAUUAUAUAUAACGGUUUAGAUCUCAUUUCAGUACAGAACUAUUAAUUUCUAUAUUAGGCCAAAAGCUGCUUUGAUAAUGGUAAAAAAAAUGUAGAUUGUUUCUUGGAGUAACAGUGAUACUUUUCAGAUUCUAGGAUUUACAAGGUUUAAAUGAACCCUUGUGCAUGUAUUUUUAAAGUAGAUUCAGAGGCGAGAGGAACUGGUAAAUCAGGAGAAAUGAAAAUAUGACAGGAGAAAAUGAAAAUGUGAAAAUAUUGAAAGCUUUUCUAAUUUGAAAUGCUCUUUGUGGUUGUUUUUCCUUUAGAUAUGUUUUCAUAAGCAUAUAUAAACUUACAUAUUUACAGUAGUCUCGGGCCUUACGGUCUUAACUUACUGAGCCUGUGUUACCAGGGCAUGAGUCUUUACAACUUAUGGUUUUGAAAGAUCAGUACAGUUAAGAGUUGUAAUGAGAUCUCUUUGUUUAUUUUAGCAGAAUUGAAUGGCUUAGACUGAACAUAUCUUUCUCCUGGUCGUUUUUAAACCUUUUGGCGGUAUCCUCUGUUUACCCAUGUCUAGUAUCAGCCCUGUGCCAGUAAGUCUGCUUCACAGAGGGAUUUCUACUCUUAGAAUGUAGGCUAAGAACCCUAGGCUUCUUUUUGUUAAGAUCCUUUCAGUUUUCUUAAUAUGUAGUCUAACCCAAUUGAAGCAUACAUUUGUACUUUUGCAUCCUAAAUUGCAAAUGCAAGUAAUGGACUUAAUUAUUCACACCAGUUUAGGCACGGUGGGCCAAUUGAAAUUUGUCCUUGAAAGAAGUGUUCUUGUCUUCAUCUGUUUUCUUCACUACUGCAAUAAAGGACCAAGUUUGUCUUCAGUUUUCAUUUGAUUUAAAACAAAACUUCAAUCUGUCAAAAGGUAGUUAUUCCAUCCUCAAAUUGAGUUUUAGGUAGUAUGUUACCACAUCACUGCAGUUAGCUCACGUGUUUUAAUCUCACCAUUUGCUCCAGAGGUUUGCCCUAAGGUGGUUUUUACAGACCUCCUCUUAGCCAAGGUGGCAAGUUGAAUUGGGUCCCGUGUGUUUUAAGAAAAUCUAUAGGCUUUCCCCCAAUACCAGAAGAUCUUACAGUUGUGAAAGGAUGAACAAAAGAAGAGGAAUACAUCUAACCAAUAAAGAAUUCAUUGCUUUCACAGCUGCAUGUUUGAGACUGACCUCUUAUAUUGUAGACCAUUUUUACCCAUAAAAGUUUUACCUCUUUACAUCUUUCAUACAGUGGAAUCACUGUCUAGCAUAUGUACUAAUUUCUUACUAUCUUUAUGUGCUUGGUAAAGUUUUGUAAUUAUGGGAAGCACGUUUUUAUCUUAAAGUUAUAGUCCAAAGUAGUUUCUGGAUGCUAGUGUCAUGAUUUAAGCAUCAGUGCUUCACCAGUUAGCUAGAUUUUCUUUUUCUUCUUUCUUUCUUCUGCCUGUAUUUAUUCAUUUUUACUGUUAUAUUGGCUUAAAUUACCACUUCUCAAUCUUCUAAGGAAAAUUUGAGACUAGUGGUUUUGAAACUCAAGAUUCCCUUUAAAAUUCGGGCACGUCUUAAGUCGAUAUUUUAAUUUUUUUCAGCUAAAUUCUGUGGUGCUCUUACAGAACUGAAUAUUCUUAAUUUAAGUAUAAGUGUUAGACUUCCUGGUAGAAUAAUGAUUUUUAGCAUUCUUGUGAAGGUUGAAAUUGUAUUUUAUUGACUUACAUAUCUUAGAAUUGCCUUCAAAGAGUAUAAAAAUUGAUGUGGAAGCUUCUAGUACAGAUGCCUGCUUUAACAUGGCGUGGUAAUCCAGUGGCUUUUCUCUCAAGUGUUAUUUCUCUUUCUUAUAAACUAAGUUGUUUAUGAUACACACUUUUGAGUCUAGUUAUCUGCUUUUGAAUUUUUUUCCACUUUAGUUCGCAUAGUGUGAAAAUGUGUGAAAAUGCUGUGGGAAAACCAGCUUGGCUUCAAAAUAACUUAACCAAAUGUACCCCAUAGGCUUUUCAAGAGUCACUAUCUGCCAGUUUGUGACUGUAGAAGAAGCUGGUUAGGUGUUUUCUGGACCUUGGAAAUUUAAAGUAUUUAUAAUGUUAUCCAUGAUUAAUUACUUUGCUGUCAGAAGUGCAUUUUCAGAGUUGCUGUGAGUGGCAGAGCUUCACCUUAGGUGAAGGAAGAGUGGCAGGAAGUUCUGAAAACAGGAAUCCUGAGUCCUACCUGCAUCUGCUUGCCUAAAAGACGCAGACUCGGUGUGAAAAAUAACAAGUAGACUCAUUUAUAAGUGUGUGGGGCAAGUGUUAAGUAUUGAUCACACUUUUCUUUCCGUAGGGCAAAUACUAGGUGUUUUUUAUUCUUGUUUAAUUAUCUUGAUAAAUUUUGAGUUUGUUUUUGUUGUUAUUGUUCUUUUGUAUUUGAGAGUAACUUUAAUUUCAAUGUAUAUUUUUGCUGUAUAUUGCAAAUCUAUUUCAUAUAUGUGUAUACAUAUGUAGUCUUCAUAUUGGAGAACUAGAUAUGAUUUUGUAAUCCAUUAUAAUCUUGAGGGCUUUUUAAAUUAGUAAAAUGGCUACUAUUGCUGUUUGAAGCAUAUUAAGUUUAGAUGUAUAUCAUGUUUAACUUUUUCCCCUAUCUUUUUAUCUUUACCUCUUUGUUUUCUACAUGUUGUGCUUUAAACCCUUCUGCUCUGUUCACCUGAACACCUGGUUUUUGCCAUCUUUGUGUUGGUGUUUGUUACACAGUACCACAAAACCUGCUCCACACCUGGAUGGGGUGCAUGUUGUCUUUGGACUAGUUAUUUCUGGUUUUGAAGUAAUCGAACAAAUUGAAAAUCUGAAAACGGAUGCUGCAAGUAGACCUUAUGCAGACGUGCGAGUUAUUGACUGUGGGGUGCUUGCCACAAAAUCAGCGAAAGAGGUUUUUGAGAAAAAAAGGAAGAAACCAACUCAUUCAGAAGUCUCGGACUCCUCUUCCAAUUCUUCUUCCUCUUCCGACUCAUCCUCAGAGAGUGAGACUGAGCAAGAGAGAAGCAGAAGAAGGAAACAUAAGAGGAGGCCCAAAGUUAAACGUUCUAAAAAGAGACGAAAGGAAGCAAGCAGUUCAGAAGAGCCAAGGAAUAAACAUAUUAUAAUGAGUCCAAAAGGUCAUUCUGAGAGGAGUGAUACCAAUGAAAAAAGGUCAGUUGAUUCAAAUGCUAAAAGGGAAAAGCCUGUGGUCCGGCCAGAAGAAAUUCCUCCAGUGCCAGAGAACCGAUUUUUACUGAGAAGAGAUAUGCCUCUUGUCACCGUGGAGCCUGAACCGAAGAUUCCUGAUGUGACACCCAUUGUAAGUGAUCAGAAACCAUCUGUAUCAAAGUCUGGACGGAAGAUUAAAGGAAGGGGUACAAUUCGCUAUCACACACCUCCAAGAUCAAGAUCCUGUUCUGAAUCAGAUGAUGAUGACAGCAGUGAAACUCCUCCUCACUGGAAAGAAGAAAUGCAGAGACUGAGAGCAUACAGACCACCUAGUGGAGAAAAAUGGAGUAAAGGAGAUAAGUUAAGUGAUCCCUGUUCAAGCCGAUGGGAUGAAAGAAGCUUGUCCCAGAGAUCCCGAUCAUGGUCCUAUAAUGGAUAUUAUUCAGAUCUUAGUACAGCAAGACACUCUGAUGGCCACCAUAAAAAACGCAGAAAAGAGAAAAAGGUUAAGCACAAAAAGAAAGCCAAAAAGCAGAAACAUUGCAGAAGGCACAAACAGACUAAGAAAAGAAGGCUUAUUGUACCAUCUGAUAUAGAAUCCUCAAAGUCUUCCACCCGACGAGUGAAAUCCUCGUGUGGUAGAGAAAGGAGAUCUCGUUCUUCCUCAUUGUCAUCUCAUCACUCAUCCAAGAGGGACUGGUCUAAAUCUGAUAAGGAUGACCAGAGCUCUUCAACCCAUUCCAGCAGAGACUCAUACAGAUCAAAAUCUCACUCACAGUCCUAUUCUAGAGGAAGCUCAAGAUCAAGGACUCCAUCAAAAUCCUCAUCACAUUCUCGAAGUAGAUCAAAGUCCAGAUCUAGUUCCAAGUCAGGGCGCCAAAGAACAGCAUCAAAAUCACCAAGAAGAACAGCCUCUCAGUUAAGUGAAAAUAAACCUGUUAAAUCAGAGCCUUUAAGAGCAACAGUGACGCAAAAUGAAAGUGUUGUAGUACAACCGGUGGUUGCCGAAAAUAUUCCUGUAAUACCACUGAGUGACAGUCCCCCUCCUUCAAGGUGGAAGCCUGGACAGAAGCCCUGGAAGCCUUCUUAUGAGCGAAUCCAGGAAAUGAAAGCUAAAACAACCCACUUGCUGCCCAUCCAAAGCACUUACAGUUUAGCAAAUAUUAAAGAGACUGGGAGUUCAUCAUCCUACCAUAAAAGAGAAAAAAAUUCAGAGAGUGAUCGGAGCGCUUAUUCAAAGUACAGUGAUAGAAGUUCAGAAAGUUCACCAAGGUCAAGAAGCAGAUCUUCCAGGAGUAGAUCUUAUUCCAGAUCAUACACAAGGUCACGAAGCCUAGCUAGUUCACAUUCAAGGUCUAGGUCUCCCUCAUCUAGAUCUCAUUCACGAAAUAAAUACAGUGAUCGCUCACGGUGUAGUAGAUCAUCUUCAUAUUCUUCUGUUAGCAGUGAUGAUGGAAGACGGGCCAAGAGAAAAUUUCGAUCGAAUGGGAAAAAAAAUAACACUUCAAAUAAAAGGCAUAGCAGCAGCUCUGAGAAGACACUUCGUAAUAAAUAUGUCAAAGUCAGAGACAGGUCUUCGUACCAGAGAAAGUAUAGUGAAAGCAGGUCAUCUUUAGAUUAUUCUUCAGACAGUGAAGAGUCAAGUGUUCAGGUUACACAGUCAGCCCAGGAAAAAGAGAAACAAGUCCAAAUGGAAAUGAAUAAGAAGCAAGAGAAAAACAGAGAUGAAGAAAAAUCUAAGCCUGAACGGGAAUGUCCUAGCUCAAAAAAAAGAACUCUAAAAGAAAAUCUUGCUGAUCACUUCAGAAAUGGCAGUAAAACCAAAAGGAAGAAUUACGCUGGGAGUAAAUGGGACUCGGAGUCAAAUUCUGAACGAGAUAUAACUAAAAACAGUAAAAAUAAUGCCCGGCCGUCUUCUGAUAAGGAGGAGGGUGAGGCCACUUCAGAUUCUGAGUCUGAGUUGGGUGAAAUUCACAUCAAAGCCAAACCCACAACGAAGUCUUCAGCAAAUACUUCACUGCCUGAUAGUAAUGGUGCUUGGAAAUCAAGCAGACAGCGGUCGUCAGCCUCUGAUUCUGAGGGGUUCUGUUCCAAUUCAGAGAGCACUAGAGGAAAGCCACACAAGCACAAACACGGCUCAAAGGAGACUCUUAAAAGGGAACACACCAAGAAAGCGAAGGAGAAAUUGAAAGGGAAAAAAGACAAAAAGCACAAGGCUCCAAAACGAAAACAAGCUUUUCACUGGCAGCCUCCACUAGAAUUCGGUGAAGAGGAGGAGGAGGAGAUUAAUGAAAAGCAAGUUACUCAGGAGGCAAAAGAGAAAAAACAGGUUUCUGAAAACAGUGAAGCCAUGAAAGAAAAUAUUCUCCAAACCGAGAAGUCCUGUGUAGACGGCAGCCUUUCAGGUAAACAUAAUACGGUAACAGUUUCACCAGACAUUGAUCAGCCUACUAAGGAGGAUAGUAAACUCAGCAACUCUCCCACAGCUUUAAACACUGAGGAAAAUGUUGUCCGUUCUCCCCUGAACAUUGAGCGUGUUGAAGAAAGUGUCCCAAGCGGAGUAGAGGAUGUACUUCAGACAGACGACAACAUGGAGAUCUGCACUCCUGAUAGAAGUUCCCCAGCAAAGGUCGAGGAGACUUCCCCUCCAGGAAAUUCAAGGCUUGACACCCCGGAUAGAAGCAUUGUUCUAAAGCAGGACAUGCCAACAGAGCAUCCUGAAGCAGAGGUAGGGAAACAGGAAAGCAGCACGUCGGAAAGCAAAACGGUGGGCGAAGUGGGAAAACAGGACAGCAGCUCUGCCAGCUUGGCCGGUGCUGCAGAAAGCACUGUGAAGAGGGAGGUGGCUGAGAAAAGCCAGACCAGCCUCAUGGAUAAUAAAUGGAAGCCCCUGCAAGGUGUGGGGAACCUGGCAGCACCAACUGCUACCACAUCCAGUGCUGCAGAAGUUAAGGCAUUGACUGCUGUGCCUGAAAUGAAACCACAAGGCUUGAGAAUAGAAAUUAAAAGCAAAAGUAAAGUUCGUCCUGGGUCUCUCUUUGAUGAAGUAAGAAAGACGGCACGCUUAAACCGGAGGCCAAGAAAUCAGGAGAGUUCGAGUGAUGAGCAGACACCUAGUCGGGAUGGUGAUAGCCAGUCUCGGAGUCCAAGUCGAUCUCGAAGUAAAUCUGAAACCAAAUCAAGACACAGAACAAGGUCUGUCUCCUAUAGUCACUCAAGAAGUCGAUCUCGAAGUUCCACAUCAUCCUAUCGAUCAAGAAGCUACUCUAGAAGUCGGAGCAGAGGAUGGUACAGCAGAGGCCGCACAAGAAGCCGGAGCAGUUCCUACCGCAGUUACAAAAGUCAUAGGACAUCCAGCAGGAGCAGAUCCAGGAGCAGCUCGUACGAUCCCCACAGUCGGUCCAGCAGGUCCUACACUUACGAUAGCUACUCCAGCAGGAGUCGGAGCCGAAGUAGAAGCCAGAGGAGCGACAGUUAUCACCGAGGCAGGAGUUACAAUAGGCGGUCCAGGAGUUGUAGAUCUUAUGGCUCCGACAGUGAAAGUGACCGAAGUUACUCCCAUCACCGGAGCCCCAGUGAAAGCAGCAGAUAUAGUUGAAUGUGUCCCCUUUUUUUUUUUUUUCAUACAGAUUAUAUCUUAUUUGUAAAUAUCUGGUAACUUAUAAGUUUAAGAAACUUAAUGGCAGUCUCUUGUUCUGUUUGAAUAUUAGAGGAAUUUGAAAAAUAGACACUUCUUAAUUGUUACUUGUUCAUUUACAUGUGCGCAGAAUUUAAAAUACAGAUAUGUCUCCCAAAAAUAUUUGUAUGCCGCAUUUUACAGUAGCCAACUAUGGAAGUGAAUUUCAUUUUCUUGAAUCAAGAAAUCAUGAAAUUUAAGUAUAAUUUGCAAUAUUAUUUUAUAUAGACUGUUUCUCUCCAUCUCAUGUAUUUCUCAGAAUACAGAUUGUUUUUGCCCGUUUUUCAGAUUUUAGCAUAUGUGCUGCCAGGCAUAGAGCUAUGGAUGAGAACUGUAAAAGGUGGCCAAAUAUUUAUAUACCAGUUACACAGAUCUCAUACAUGUGUGCUCUUCAGAUAAACCACCCAGAAUUGAUACUAAUGGUAGCCAGGAGGAUAAGGCAGUGGUCUGAGGUUCUUAAUUCAUUCCUUACUUCUUUGUUGUCUCAGAUUAUCAGGAAAGUGGUCACCAUACAGCCCACUCUCUGUGUUAUUUCAGGCUGGCGGGUGAGGUUAAGAAGAGUAAAUUAGCCUUAACUAUAAAUACCUGCACUGUCUCUAAGGCCCUAAUGUUUUAUGUGCUUUUUAAUAAAUACUAUCGGAAGUUCAGUUUGUAAGAAGACAAUUCUAUUCCAGUUUAUGCUUUGGUGCUUGGUACCUUUUGGUGCCUCUUUAAGCAUUAUUCUUCUAUACUGUACAUCAGAAUUCCGUAAGAGAGAAAAAUGAUUUUUUUUAAUUCACUGGCACCCAACAUCGUUCCUUCUCAGCUAUAUUCACUUUAAAUAUUUGGAGGGCUUCUCUCAAGCACAGGUGUGGGCCGAGGUCCCUGGAGCAGGCAGGAUUGGCACAGGGUUGUGUGGCAACUCAGGUCUGCUGCACAGAACUGAUGCGUGUGCCCCUGGAAGAGCAGACUUCAAAAGUAACACAGGAUCUACCUGCCACCAUCCUGGACACACUUCGCAGGGCUGUACUUCUAAGUCUUUCAACUAAGAGGUAGACGCAAGAGCAGUUGUUCCCAGCACCAGCAUGUUUCCUGGUUUCUGCCGUAACCCACACUGACUCGGCGAAGCCUCGUGUGACAUGGUACAGCCAGGAAGACAGGGGAAGCAAGGUGUGCGUACUGCAUAGGUUACACAUGUUCACAGUCUUUCGUGGUUCCUGCAAAAAUGAUUUGACCUGUAAAAACUGGUGAGUUUUUUUUUUAAUCUUUAGUUUGAAUUUUUUUCUCCAAGUGUACUUAAUCACCUCAGUGCCAGUUUAAUCCAGGUAUGCAGAAGAAAUUCAUAUUGGAUGUUUGAUGCAGAACUCUGCCAUCCUACCCCAGGGCUUGCCUAGGGUACUUGGGAAGUGGGAAAGAGCCCUCAGUUGGAGGGAUCUGACCACCCUGAUGGAUGGAGGGGUGACCUUGGAUGUAUUAAAACCAUUGCCCAUAAAAGGUUCAUAAACAGGGUUAAGGGGUCCAGUUGUUUGCCAAGUUGAUAGAUGAAAAUGCAUUAGAAAAUAGGACCUAAGUCAAACAAACAUGCUUGAUAGUGAAUACAAAACAACAU